GCUGCCAUGGGGCUCUCUGCUGGAGGGGUGUGCGUUGAGUGCGCAUGCGCCGUGCUUGCCGUUCCUCUGUGCUGCAGCUGCAGCUCUCGGCUCGGCGCUGUAUCUCCUGGCACAGCAUCACAUUUGUUCACCACAGAGCUGCCGAGCCGAACCUCGUUUCUCCCUCUCCGGAGAGUUUCUGUCUCGUUUGGACAGAUGUCUGCAGAGAUUUCGCCUCAUCUCCUUCCGCCCUCCCAGGUUUGGUGAUUCCUCUUCGACGGAAAACGCUCCGGUGGCCGGAAUCCAUCCUGCCUGACCACAACGCCUGCCUCGCUGUGUUUGUUUGGCUGCCAUGAUGCUUGGGCUACAGGGAAAUACUUCCUCCAAAGUGUAUCGAUGCGUGGCCUGCUCAGCCACCUUCACUGGACUGGCUUCCCUGCUGGUACAUCAGGCGAGCCACGCAAGUGCAAUCUCCAAGGUGUCGACUCCAGCGCCAACACAGCAAAGCAUCAACCCGCAUGAAACGCUGUUUGCAAGUCCAGACUCAUCCGGCGAGCACACCAGUCCGCCAGCAGUGCUGCCUGAGAGCCCUUCACCUUCCUUUUAUAUUUGUGAUUGUGGAGAGGAAUUUCAUGACUUUGGUCUUAUGCUGGAGCAUAAACGUUCACACGUUGCUCCACCACAGCUACUGCAUCCCCUGGAUAAUAACAUUGCUCUUUGUGGUGGAACAGGCAGUGAGAAGGUUUUUCCCACCCAGCAUAUGUCAUUUUCUCCUGCAUCCCAGACAGGUUUGGUUCUUAGCCGCCCUUCUACUUCCAAGUCCCCAGCUGUUGAAUUACCCACAAUAGCAGCCAACAAAGCAGAUGGAAGCCUCGAGGAUGGUAUUGCCAUAGUAACCUCUCCCCAAAGCCAGUGUACGCCCCCUCGCGAUGACAGUGAUAAACACCUUGACAGCAUGUCGGCCAUGGCAGAGCAAAUACCAGACACUGCAGAGGACAUGCAUUUUCAGGACAAAACAAAUUCUGUUCAAAGCAGCGAAAAGGGUUUGUCCAAAAAUAACAAUCUCAUGAAGUUGCUGGCGUCUGCAUACAUGAAACGCUUUCCACUUACUCAGUCUCACGAUCAGAAUGAAAACACUAUCGUCCCCAAGCAGGAGGUUGUACCUGUCGAUGUAACGCCUCAAGCAAAAACAGGGAUGCCACCAGUCAAUGAUCUCUCUAUUGCACAGUUGCGGCGACUGCUUGCAAAACCUGGUAUAAAGACAAAAGCUCCAUCCAUUAGUAAAGUUCUUGAGUCCAGUAAGAAGAAAAUUGUUUCCCUAACUAAGACUUUGUCUCCUGUUGUGGUUCUGGAGACACGUCAGAAGCUCAUAGAUCCUGCUGGUAAUGGUAUAUUUGGCAGAUAUCAAUGCGGCCGUUGUCGUCGUGUAUUUCAAAAUGUGGACAGAUUGACAGAGCAUCAUUUCUUGCACAAAAAGGAGAGAAUUAAAUGUUGUCGUCGUUGCAAACAGCUGAUCAUCGGGCGGCUGCCUUUGCAAGACAAUCACGUAUGCCCUCAGUUUGUAAGCAAGAAUAUACACUCAAGUGCUUUUAAAAACAAGUUACCCUUUGCCCAAAAGUUAGUGCCAUUCCAUAGUCUGAACAAUGCCAAAAAAGUUUUCUACUGUCCCAUGUGUAAGCACAGCUAUGCGCGGAGAUGGAACCUCAAAACGCACAGAUGCCAGGGUCCAGGGUCAGCCCUUUCUCGACAAGCCAAUCAAUCAAUGCAGAGAAUGUUUGCACUGAGGUCAAACAAUAAUGCCAGAACUGGUACUGAGGAUGUUAGUGCUGCAUCUCAGAUGGCCAAGAGUGUUGGUGUGGGCACUGAGAUUAGUAGUCAUAUUAAGGUGGAGGAGCCUUUUCCAAGUAAAGAGCAGUCUGUAGUCUCACAGUUGGCCUGGGUUCAUCCAGCAAAAAGCUUCUCCCCAUUCUCCUCCACAUCUUCCAUGAUGGAGCAGCACAAAGAUCCCUCCUUGUCUGGGAUUUCACUCCAGCAAGGAGAGGAAAACAGCUGGGAAGCAGAAGCACUAGAUAAUGAGGAUAGUAAUGAGGGACAGUGGAGGAUGCCAUUGGAUGAUGAUAUGGAGAUGCUAAAUUCUGCAGGGAAAGCUCGUGAUGUUGGAGAGGUGAAGAAGUCUGUGCCAGCUGAACACGCAGAGAUGAUCUCUCACGGCCUGCGCUAUUUUGUCAGAGACGGUGUAAAGCGUUACCCUUGUAGUAGGUGUCAGAAAACGUAUAGUCGAGCAUCUACAUUGAGGCGCCAUCUGCGACUGUGUGGGUUUAGGCCACGUGGGUUUGGAACUUUAGCACAGAGUGCAGGUCAGGGUGUCAUUACAGUACAUACCAGCAGUGUGAAAAUGUUUUCCUGCUACAUAUGUGGGAAGUCCUUUAACCGCAAAGAUAACAUGAUGGUUCACAGAAAGAGAUGUCAGUUUCAGCGAGCAAUGGCAGAAGUGGAAAGAGGGAAUGUGCAGCAGGGUUUGCCAAGCAAUGCAACAGCAGACUGUCCACCAAAGGAGGAUGAUGGAGGCAAUUGGGGCAUCAUGUCACUGCCCUCUGUCCUUCCAAGGAGGGUGACAUGUGAGUGUGGGGUCGGAUUUACAUCUCCAAGGCUUCUCUUGGAGCAUUUGCAGAAGCACGCACAAGAGUCAUACACAUGUCCGACUUGCGGAGAGACUGUAAAUUCCUGGGCAGAUUAUGAAGUUCAUCUGCAGAUCCACAUGCAUCCUCAUCAUCAGCUACUGAAGGGCCUGCAGCCGCAAAGGUCACAGCCUCUGUUGCUCAGAUUUCAGCAGCAGCAGCAGCAGCAACCUCAGCAGCAGCAGCAACCUCAGAAGCAGCAGCCUUCUCAGUCGGUGCUUCAGCCUCCACAAAAGAGGCCACACAUAGAGCAACAUCCAGCAAAAAAGCAGUCGCGGAUUGUAUGCACAAGAUGUGGGAACACCUUUGCAACUCGCUGUUCCCUUCGCAGGCACGUAUCCUGGAAUCGAUGCAAAGGUGCGCGGCUUACAAAUCCACUCACAAAUCCCCCCAGAACCUACCACUGCACCCACUGCAACUCUGAUUUCCCCAACACAAUCAGUCUGAUAUUUCACCAGAGGAGUGGUGCUUGCAAGCCUGCCAUCAAGCCUUCUCGCUGCCCUGUUUGCCUUCGCUGGUUUGGUACUGAGGACAGUUUGCAGAAGCACCUGCUAACUCACAAACAGUCUGAGUCGUAUCGCUGCGAUGUCUGUCAGGGUACAUAUCCAAACCUUAAAUCGCUGAAAAACCACCGCAGGAGGAUUCAUCGCAUCAUGGCUGGGGAAAUUAGGCCACAAACACAAGAACAAAUGACUUCUUAACAAAAUGUCUUCUUUCUAAAAAAAAAAAUCUAACAUGGGACUGGUGCAUUUUUGAACAGAGCUCAUUUUAUUAGUAUCGCUAUGUUCUUUCUAUUUUUGCCAGAUGUAUUUUUUCCCCCCCUUUCCAGGGAUUAUUUUGACAUUGUACAGCUACAUAAGGUGGUUUUUAAGCAACAUUUGGGUGUCAUACUAGCUCUCCAUGAAUUAAAAAAAAAAAGAAAAAAAAGCUUUGACAUACUGUACAUUUUAGUUUAACUGAGUUAAUCCCUAUAUUACAUAGCCUCAUUAGCCUGUAAAUAAAAUUUCCAGUAUUUGGUAAUCAGACUUUUACCAUGGAGUUGGUGAUGUAGCUUGUUGUUGUUGUUGGUGUCAAUAAACAUACCAGUAUGUGAAACUUG